CCGGCGCGGGAUGGCGGCUGAGGCGCGCUGGGGCGGGAGUGGGCUGCGCGGGCCGCAGCAGUCCCGGCCGGAUCGGCCGGCUUCCGCCGAGACUUCUGCCAGCGCCGAGCCCGAGUGCUCGGCUUCCCCAGUUAGAAGGAGAAGAUAAAAGACUUUUUGAUUCAUGAGGAAUCUGGUUACUAAGAAGUACCUAUCAAGCCACUGGUUGAAUUUCCAUGAAAAAGUGAUUAAGCAGAGAAUGGAGAAGAAGGUUGAUUCCAGGUCUUUUAGGGAUGGUGCUGCUAAGAAACCAAAUAUACUGUCCAGCAAGAAGCCGCCUACAUUUUCCGGGAUCCGGAGGAAGGUACCUAGCGCCAGUCUUCCAGUGCAAUAUCACGCAUCACGUACGUGGACCCGACGGGGCCGCUUAAAAGAAUUGCGUGUCAGAUGCGUGGCCAGAAAGUUCUUGUAUUUGUGGAUUCGAAUGACUUUCGGAAGAGUAUUUCCCUCUAAAGCCAGGUUUUACUAUGAACAGCGAAUAUUACAGAAGGUCUUUGAUGAAUGGAAAGAAGAAUGGUGGGUUUCUCAUCAUGAGUGGAAACUGUGUGUUCGAGCCGACUGUCACUAUAGAUAUUACUUGUACAACCUGAUGUUCCAGACCUGGAAGACCUAUGUGCAUCAGCAGCAGGAGAAGAGGAGCAAGUACAUCAGAGCUGAGAGUCAUGAUGCAAGGCAAAAGAUGCGACAGGCCUGGAAGUCCUGGUUCAUCUAUGUGGUGGUUCGUAGGACCAAACUUCAGAUGCAGAUCACCGCUCUGGAGCUUAGGCAGCGGAGUAUCUUACGGAUGUGGUGGAGCGAGUGGAGGCAGCGACUAGGACAGGUCCGUGUAAGCUGUGCCCUCCACGCCUCUGCUGACAAGCGCAGGGCCCUGAGCCUCCAGCUGCGGGCUUGGUCACAGUGGCGGGAACAGUUCCUGCAUGACCAGAGAGAGAAAGAGAAGAUGGUCUCUGCAGUGAAACACCAUCAGCACUGGCAAAAGCGGAGAUUCCUGAAGGCCUGGCUUGAAUACUUGCAAAUCCGCAGGAUGAAGAGACAGCAGAACGAGAUGGCUGAGCGAUUCCAUCAUGUCACUGUGCUCCAGAUACACUUGUGCAGUUGGCAGUGGGCCUGGCAGCGGAGGGAGAGCUUGCACGCCCACCGCGCCCGCGUGGAGGAGCUGGCCCGGAGGAUGGCGCUGCGGCGGGCCUUGACGCGCUGGAAGCACUACAUGCUGCUGCAUGGGGAAGAAGCUGCCCAGCGUGAGAUGGCAGAAGAGCACCGCAGGCACAGCCUGCUGAAUUUUGGCUUUAGAGCCCUAAAAGACAAUGUGACCCGUGCCCAUCUCCAUCGAAUAAGGAGGAAUCUCGCUUGCCAGCAGCAUGAUGUCACGCUGCUGCGCAGGUUCUGGAACCUCUGGCAGUCUCGGAUUGAGCAGAGGGAGGAAAAAGAGCAUCUCCCCUUGCUGUGUGCCGCCUGGGACCACUACAGGAUAACAUUGCUAUGCAAGUGUAUCAAGUUGUGGUUACAGUAUACUCAGAAGCAGCGAUACCAGCAGUUGCUGCAGGCCAGAGCAGACAGUCAUUUCCAGCAGAGAGCCCUGCCCGCCGCCUUCCACGCAUGGUAUAGACUCUGGAGAUGGCACCAGCAGGAAAGAGUCCUCCACACACGAGCAACACUGUUUCACAGGAAGACGUUAGAGAAGCAGGUAUUUGCCCACUGGUGGCAGAAGAUGUUUGUGCAUCGAGAAGACUGCUUAGCCGAGAGAAUGGCCAUCCUUCAAGCAGAGCGGCAGCUUCUGCGUAGGUCGUGGUCCACGUGGUGUCAGCAGGCAGCAGCACGUCACCAGGAGCGGGAGUGGCAAAUGGUGGCCUGUGCCCACCACGGCCACAGGAGGCUCAGGAAGGCCUUCUGCAUCUGGAGGGAAGGUGCUCAAGGGCUCAGAACAGAGAGGACGGGCAGGGCGCAGGCGGCAGAGUUCCACUCGGCGCGGCUCCUGCGUUGGGCCUGGAACCGGUGGAGGGAGUGCCUGGCCCUGCGGGGGGCCGAGCGACAGAAGCUGGUGCUAGCAGACCAGCAUCGCCAGCGCCGCUUGCUGCACAGGGCGCUGCGGACGUGGGUGACUUAUCAGGGCAGGAUGCGGCGUGUCCUACAGGAGGUGGCAGCCAGGGAGAGCCAGCACCACCGGCAGCUGCUGCGGGGUGUGUUACGUCGCUGGAGGGAGCACACUGUGGCCCGUGUGGAUGAAGCCAGGAAAACCUCCCUGGCCCGUGCUCACUAUAGAAGGACCAUGUGUUCCAAGGUCCUGGCCCAGUGGCGGGAGACUGCGUCAGUGCAGAUUUACUACCGACAGCAGGAGGACUGUGCCAUCAGGGAGGCCCGGAAGGUGCUGGACAGGGGCUGUCUCCGGACCUGGUUUCGGCGCUGGCGGGACCGCGGCCGGAGGGUGGCGCGGCAGAAGGUCCAGCUGGAGAGGGCGGCGCGCCACCACCACCGGCAGCUGCUGCUGGGGGCCGUGGCCGGAUGGAAGACGCACCAUCUGGGGUGUGUCAGGAAAAGGCUCCUGCAGUGGCAGGGCGCCCAGCUCCUGGCAUGGAGACUCCGCCGGGCCUGCUUCCACCAGUGGAGACAGCAGCUGGCGGCCAGAAGGCGGGAGCAGCAGGCCACGGCGCGCGCCCUGUGGUUCUGGGCCUUCUCGCUGCAGGCAAAGGCGUGGGCCGCGUGGCUGGGCUUCGUGCAGGAGAGGAGGAGGAAGAAGGCGCGGCUGGAGCGGGCGGCGCAGGCCCACCACCGGCAGCUCCUCGCCGAGGGCGCCGCAUGCCUCCUGCGCUUCGCGGCGGCCACGAAGGCCUCCCGGCAGCAGCUGCAGGCCCAGCAGCAGGUCCAGGCAGCCCACAAGCUCCACCGCGCCGUCCGCCACUGCGCCACGCUCUGGAAACAGAAGGUGCUGGGCUGCGGCAGGGAGCCUCGGCCCCCAGCACCCAUCGUGCCUAGCAGGAGAGUGACGUUUGAGGGUCCCCUUCUCGACCCAGCUGUUGCUGGGGCUGGGGAUGAUGCCACCAGGGAGACCAAGAGGCCACGAGCUCCUCAGCCUCGGGGAGCCCUGGGCAGCCUGGCCCUUGCCACGGGGGAGCCGCACCUCCCGGAGCUCAGUGCUGCCUGCUCAGCGAGGAAGCAGCCGCGACGCCCGCACUUUCUGCUGGAGCCCGUGCAGAGCCAGUGGUCCCUGGGGCGCGGCCUCCUCCAGAGGCAGGGGCCUGAAAAGCUGCAGGAGUGUGGCCUGAGCACGACCCCACCGGCAGGCCCUUUCCUGCUGAGAGCCACCCUGGCAGAGGCCCCAAAAGCACUGGUCCCCAGCACCCCCCUGCCUGGGGCCCUCUCAGGUGUUCCUGGCCCAAAGCUGCCCCCCACAGCAAGUACAGGCCCGGAGCUGCUGCUGCCUCCUUCCUCCUUCAUGCCCCGUGGGGCGGAAGCACCGGCCAGGGCGUCAGCUCUGGCGACCACCCCCAAGCUGAAGCCUCAGGCCCCCCCAUCCUUGGCCGCAGGCCCUGACCCCUAUCUGCUUCUCCCUGGGGACUUCACUGACACCAGGGCUGGGCCUGGCCCUGAAACUGCAGGCUGUGUGGACCUUGAGGCCGAGCUCGAGGGGAUCCAGCAGCAGUUACAGCACUACCAGGCCACCAAGCAGAACCUCUGGUCCUGUCAGCGGCAAGCGAGCAGCCUGCGCAGGUGGCUGGAGCUGAGCCGAGAGGAGCCCAGGCCCGAGGACCGGGAGGUGGAGCUGCAGGUGCAGCAAGAACUCGAGGAGGUGAGGCCCCAGGCUGCCCCCGUGCCCACCUGGCUGUGCUGCCUCUCAGCCCCGACUGUCCCACCCCCAGGUGGAGCUGCAGAUCCAGCAGCUGGCCGAGGAGCUCCAGGCGCAGCGACAGCCCAUCCGCGCCUGCGUCGCCCGCAUCCAGGCCCUGCGGCGGAGCCUGUGCUAGAGCGCUCGCCCCAGGGAGGCCUCAGGCCACCUUCGGGAACAGAAUGCAAAGCUACACUGAGUUUUAGCUUUUUAUUUCAAAAUGUUUUGCAAUUAAAUGAAUUACUGUUCAGAAGUCUCCCACUUUUCAUACAAAAAUACUGUGCUACUGAUACAGUUGAAAGAGUUCCAUGACUUCUCCUGCAGGAGAAAUCCACGGUGU